AUGGGGCGCGGAAGCAGUAUUGCGUGCCAGCUUGUGGUCGGCUAUCACGGCGGUCGUGACGGACACGCUGGAAUAGCGACCGGGAUGGACUCGCGCGUCGGGGUUAAGGAGACUAUGCCGGGUUGGAACUUAGGGUCGGGGGAUUCCCCGCACUCGGUUUCGGCGCAACACAUCCAGUCGAUAGACGCGGACGCCGAGCCAGCUCUUUUUAUAGCUCCCAGCAUCCCUUGUCCCGACAUCGUUCACCCUCGUCUUUUCGCACUUAAGGCAUCCUGCAGCCAAAAUGCUUCCUCCGUUCGAUUACUUCCAGCAUCGCCGAGCUCGGUAACUUCACCCCUUGCCUUUGGGCAUUCUCAAGCUUGUCCAUCUCAACAAGAAGCUAAUACCACCAUCGCGCACAGUGAUCUGAAACAGAGAGAACGCGCACAACGUUUUGCAAACCUUCCUGCAGCUUACCACGCUGGAUUCACGGCUUUCGACAGGUCGAUCAUCGAUGAGCCAAUCGAGGACCUUGUAGAAGGCGUGCAGAGCGGAGCUGUCUCUGCUCGAGCCGUCUUGCAGACAUAUGGCAAGGUAGCUUUGAACGCUCAAGAGAAAACAAACUGUGUAACGGAAUUGCUUCUCCCCGAGGCUGAAAAAUGGGCCGAUGAGGAGGUCAAUUUAAAAGGGCCGCUGGCUGGUAUUCCCGUCUCGUUGAAGGAUUCUAUACAGGUCAAGGGAUUCGAUACAUCGGUAGGGUAUACGAGGUAUACCGGAAAGCCUGCUACUGAGGAUGGAGGAUUGGUCAAGUUGCUCAAAGAUGCUGGUACGGUGGACUGGAAUUUCUCGUCAAGACAUUGCGGUGCCAUUCCUUACGCAAAGACUGCUUUACCGAUUACUUUACUGUCCUUUGAGUCUUCGAACCCUUUGUGGGGAGUGUGCCGCAAUCCGCACGUCCAUGACUACUCUCCUGGAGGCUCCAGCGGUGGCGAAGGUGCUUUGAUUGCCCUGGGAGGCCGUAUCGGCGUUGGCUCCGACGUCGCCGGUUCUGUUCGUGUGCCGGCUGCUUGGAGCGGAAUUUAUUCUCUUCGAUGCAGUACUGGGCGCUGGCCCAAAGCUGGCGUUAGCACCAGCAUGGCUGGUCAAGAAGGGGUACCGAGUGUUUUCAGUCCGAUGGCCCGGACAUUAGGCGAUUUAACUUACUUCACCCGCUCUAUCAUUCAAAUGCAACCAUGGAAAUAUGAUACCACGGUCCAUCCGAUUAGUUGGAGAGAUGAUGAGGAGAAUGAUGCGAAGACAAAGAAGCUGAGAAUCGGGGUCAUGAAAUCUGAUGGGGUUGUACCGCCCGCCCCUGCUAUUGCGCGAGCCAUUGAUACCACUCGUGCUGCCCUCGCUGCUGCCGGCCACACCCUCGUCGACAUUACGCCUCCUCCUACAGCUACCCCAUUGAUCGGUCUCAACCUUGCCUCUCAACUCCUCAAUUCUGAUGGCUGUCAAACCUUCAACUCCCACAUGCGCACCGGUGAAACUUCCGAUCCCGGUGCUGAUAAGCUCACCAGAUACGCCAACAUGUGCCGACCUUUCCGCUACCUCUAUUAUCUCUACGUCCGCUAUAUCAAACGAGACAAAGUUUGGGCCUACCUGAUGAAAGAUUUCGGUCUCAAGACGUCAACCCAGUUAUGGAAGCUCGUUGCCCAACGUGAAGCCUACCGCGCGACCUGGCAUAACUGGUGGAACGCCAAAGAACAAAGCUAUGACUUCAUCCUUUGCCCUGUCAACGCCACGCCAGCUCUUCCCCACGGCGCCAUGCGAGACGGCUUCAGUUCUUGCGGCUAUACUUUCUUAUUUAACAUGCUAGACUAUUCUGCCGGUGUUGUCCCGGUUGGUCAUGUCGACAGGACCAAGGACGCACUGGUUACGUCGGAUGGUAGACCGGCGAAGAAGAAUUCGUACAAACGUAUCUUGAAGGAGCUCGGUGCGGAUAACACCGUGUCGAGAGGUGCAUGGAAGUAUUAUGAUGCCGACGCGAUGCACGGCUUGCCUACCGCGGUCCAGAUUGUUGGCGGAAGAUGGCAUGAGGAAAGAGUGCUGGGCUACAUGGAAGUGGUAGAAAGGGCCUUGGGGGAGUUUAAGACGCCGAAUGGAGACGUAUAUCCCUCGGCGAGUGAAAGGUGGACCAAGUGCUGUUUGACCCGUGGUACUCGUGGAGUUGUGUCAUUACCUUGGCCUGAUUUCGAGCUAGCGAGAAGUUGA